AUGCCUGAAACGUAUGCCUCACGGGCGCUCGGGCCACCACCGCGUUACGUUCGCUCGACUGCCCGCCAGCUUGCCUUCUCCAUCCACUCUACCGGGGAGUAUGUCGCUUCAGAUUACACGCAGAGCGGCAAAUCUAGUUUCACGGUGAUAUCCAUGUAUCUUCCUCCGCCCACUUACACUUUCACUAUACCGUCGGUCUACGACGGGAUACAACUGGACUGUCGUCUCCAUGUUCCCCGCGAACUGAGUGAGCCUGAAGGUACACGCCGGGGCCCAAUAUGCGGAGCUAUAGUUGCCCAUCCUUAUGCCACGCUAGGCGGAUGCUACGAUGACCCGGUCGUGAACUUCGUCGGAAGCGAACUCCUAGAAGCUGGCUACGUGGUGGGGACGUUUAAUUUCCGGGGUGCUGGGGACUCGGAAGGCAGCACAAGUUGGACUGCACGGCCUGAGCUGGCUGACUAUGUCUCCUUCUACGGGUUCAUGCUGUGGUAUUUACAGCUUCUAAGAACGCGACUCGGUUCAUCAGAUCCGGGGUCAGAAGGCGGACCUGCGAAUGUCCGACUUAUAUUAGCUGGUUACUCUUAUGGGUCUAUGAUCGCAUCACAUCUUCCGGCACUUGAUGUCGUUGCAGACCUUUUUGCAAAUAGCACCGACGGGUCUGCUGCAUAUCGGAUUCGCCGAGAAGCAGAGAGGAUUUCCGCGCCAUCGUCAGAUGUUCAGGAAACACAAGGCCGACCACCGGCAUUUUGGGAGGCUUUGAAUCCCAAUUGUAUUUCGAGCGCGACGAUCUGCUAUCUUCUAGUCUCACCUCUUCUGCCCCCGAUUAAUAUGUUCUUGACACUGUUUUCAAAGUUGUCGCUAAAUGUUGGGACACACACUGCCGCUCAGGGCAGACAUAUCCCAUGUCCCAAACCGACCGACCAGCUCCGUGCACACCCCACCCUGGCCAUUUAUGGUAGCCAAGAUACCUUCACAUCCGCCCAUAAACUGCGCCAAUGGUCGCAAGAGCUUGCUCUGACACCCGGCAGUCAGUUCCAAUCGGCCGAAAUCGGCGGGGCUGGACACUUCUGGCGGGAGCAUGGUGCGGAGUCUGAGGCCAGAGCUAGCAUCAAGGAGUGGUUGCGUCAGAUACCUUGA